ACCCUCGAACACGGACUCCUCUGUAUUGUUAGAAAAUACAACAGCAGUUUCCAAACAAUUAGCAGUUAUUUUUUUAAUAUAAUGUACUUUUAAAAUAAACAUGUAUUCAAAAGAUCCUAUAUUAAUAAGAGCACCAUUUUUUGAAUUAAUUAAUUCCAUAUUGCUAAUUUUGUCACUGUUGAAAAGUACUGGUGCAGAAUGUAGCAUUGACUUUACUCAAUGAAAUUGUGGUUGGAAAGAUGGCGUCCAAGUGCAACCUUUCUGCUUUAUUUCCAAUCCAGAGCCAGUUGGACGACGCCCUGGACAACGCUACGAACCAACAAGAGAAAGAAAACCUUGUCUACCAGUACUUGAAAAAACUAGACGACAAAGAUGACUUGAGGAUUCCCGAUUUUGACGAAGGUCUCGAAUGGCUGAACACAGAAGGCCCUCUUUCUUUCACAAGAGAGCUUGCUGGUAAAGUGGUGGUGUUGGACUUCUUUACUUACUGCUGCAUAAACUGCAUCCAUAUCCUUCCUGACCUGCAUCAGCUGGAGAAAAAGCACUCUGUGAAAGAUGGGCUUGUUAUCGUGGGUGUCCACUCUGCCAAGUUCCCCAACGAAAAGGUGCUGCAGAACGUGCAGAGCGCUGUGCUCCGCUACAACAUUACCCACCCGGUGGUGAACGAUGGAGACGCUCGGCUGUGGCAUGAGCUGGAGGUGGCCUGUUGGCCCACCCUGGUGCUCAUUGGGCCCAGGGGCAACCUGCUCUUCUCGCUGGUGGGAGAGGGCCACCGUGAGCGCCUAGCGCUCUUCACCAACACCUCCCUUCGACACUACAGGGACCAGGUCCUGCUCAGUGACCACCUUGUGGGGACCAAGCUUUACAGGGACUCUCUGCCCCCAUCGCUUCUUUCGUUUCCUGGGAAGGUAGCAGUGGAUUCUAGUAGGAAGAGACUGGCUAUAGCAGAUACGGGCCAUCAUCGGGUACUUGUGGUGUCCAGCAUUGGGCUGGUGCUUUACUCUAUAGGAGGGCCUGAGAGUGGUAGGAAAGACGGUAAUCUCGACGAAGCAACCUUCUGCUCCCCACAGGGGAUUGUCAUCAAAGGAGAUACUGUCUUUGUGGCCGACACUGAAAACCAUCUGAUCAGAAAGAUUGACUUGUUAGAGGGACAGGUCAGCACCCUGGCAGGAGUGGGAUUUCAAGGCACAGACAUGGAGGGAGGGGCCAUGGGACCCCAGCAGCCUAUCAGCUCACCCUGGGACUUGGCCCUUGGGACUGCAGGCGGUGAGGAGGAUAACAUGCUGUGGGUGGCCAUGGCAGGGACACACCAGAUCUGGGCUCUUUUUCUGGAAAAUGGGAAGUUGCCUAAAAGAAGCGAGUUCAAAGCGGGGACGUGUGUGCGCUUCGCCGGCAGUGGCAACGAAGAGAACCGCAACAACGCCUACCCCCAAAAGGCCGGCUUUGCCCAGCCCUCGGGCCUGGCCCCCGCUCCGGAGGAGCCCUGGGGGUGUCUGUACGUGGCCGACAGUGAGAGCAGCACUGUGCGCUCCCUGGCUCUGAAGGACGGCGCUGUCAAACUGCUGGUGGGGGGCGAGAGAGACCCCCUGAACCUGUUUGCGUUUGGGGACGUGGACGGGAAAGGAGUGGACGCAAAGCUCCAGCACCCUCUCGGUGUGGCCUGGGCUCCUGACCAAGGCCUCCUCUAUGUGGCGGAUUCCUACAACCACAAGAUCAAAGUGGUGGACCCAAAAACCAGGCAGUGUCUGGUUGUGGCUGGGACAGGGGAAGCAGGUGACGUGUUAGGGCCAGGGUUGACUGAGUCCAGCUUCAAUGAGCCUGGUGGCCUGUGUGUCGGGGAGGGGGGCAGGGUGCUGUAUGUAGCUGACACCAACAACCACCACCUCAAAGUCUUGGACCUGGACACCAAGACUGUGUCACUGUUCCCCAUUUCAUUGGAGGACGCGGUAGACUCUGCACCAACUAAGUCCUCUGGACCUUGUAAAGUCCCCAAGCUCCCCAAAUCUGCUUCUAGGGUGAAGAUGCCACCACUGGCAGUGUCACCAGGACAGACUGUCAACUUGGAGCUGGUGCUAUCGCUACCAGAGGGCACCAAGCUCACUGAAGACGCACCCAGCUUUUGGACCCUGUCAGCAGAAGGUAACGAGUGGUUGGUAGGGAACCAGGUGGUGACCGGGGACAUCCAAAAUCUUUCCCAGCCCCUUUCCAUCCCUGCCAUACUUCCAACGGUUCUCAAGGCGACAGAGUCCAGCCCCUCCCUCACCCUGAGUGUUUGGGUUUACUGCUGUCUGGCAGGAGGCGGGGCUUGUAUGAUGAAAGCCGCCUCCUUCACGCAACCUCUCCAGAUAGGCUCUACACCCAGAAACGGCUCGGUUACCGUGACGCUGGCUCAUGCCUUCUAACUUAACAAGCCUCUAGCCCUUCCCUCUCGUUGGGGCUUUGUGUUUCAAAUCUGUUUCAUUUUUAAAUGAAGAUUCAAGUUUACAAAUGUAGAAAUCAUUUUGAUAGCUCCUUUUGAACACAAACGAUAACAGUAACAAAUCAUUUAUCACAGAAGUUGAUUGACAUGUUUAAACAAAGUAGAUAUAUCAAAAAUAGCAUGGAAAGGGGAAGAAAAGGUCAAACCCGGACAUAAUUCAAUCAACAGACAAAGAAGUUAGAAAAAAAUACCCCCCAAAAGGAUAAGCCCACUCUACCUGCUUCCUUCCCCUAAAUCCUAUGUAACUUUGUCUUAGAUAAGUGUACUGUAUAAUUGGCUCAUUCAUCUCCCUCCUCUCCUCUGUAACUAUUCCCUAAUUCGUUGCUGUAAAUGAGAAUGUGUUCUCAGUCAACAUACCUGGUAAAAUAAAGAAAUACAAUUUAAGGACUUUAAACUUUUUAUCAAACAAUGCCUGGAGUAAAUGUUUUAUAUUAUUGAACUAGGCAAGUCAGUUAAGAACAAAUUCUUAUUUACAAUGACGGCCAAACCCUAACCCAGACGAUGCUGGCCAAUUGUGCGCCGUCCUAUGGGACUCCCAAUCACGGCCGGUUGUGAUACAACCACUAUAGACCAGGGUCUAUAGUGAAGCCUCUAGCACUCAGAUGCAGUGCCUUAGACCGCUGCGCCACUCGGGAGCCCUCAAAUUGAAUGGGUAUUUAUGUAUUCUAAGGUAACCUCCCUGUCUGCAACAGGUAUAUCGGUGUCCAGCGCUUCCUCCCACUUUGCGUUAGUAGGAUCUGUGGAGGGUGGAUAGACGGACUGAAAUGUGUCAUAAUACCGAGAUAUCAGUUUGUUUGAUCCUGAGCACAAUUUAAUGCACCCAUCAAACAUGGAAGGUUUGACAUUCUCGAAUGCAUGUAGAGGUUUUCUUAUACUGAAUUUUUAUAUAUAUAUAUAUAUAUCUCACACACACACGUAAAGUGUUGAAAUAAAAGAUCCCAGAAAUGUUCCAUAUGCAGAAAAAGCUUAUUUCUCUCAAAUGUUGUGCACAAAUGUGUUUACAUCCCUGUUAGUGAGCAUUUCUCAUUUGCCAAGAAAAUCCAUCCACCUGACAGGUGUGGCAUAUCAAGAAGCUGAUUAAACAGCAUGAUCAUCACAUAGGUGCACCUUGUGCUGGGGACACUCUAAAAUGUGCAGUUUUGUAACACAACUCUAUGCCACAGAUUGAGGGAACAGGCAAUUGGCAUGCUGACUACAGGAAUGUCCGCCAGAGCUGUUGCCAGAGCAUUAAUUUGUCUACCAUAAGCCACCUCCAACAAAAAAAAAUGAGAAUUUGGCAAAACAUCCAACUGGUAUCGCAACCGCAGACCAUGUGUAGUAACCAUGUCAGCCCAGGACCACAUCCGGCUUCUUCACCUGUGGGAUCGUCUGAGACCAGCCACCCAGAAAGCUGAUGAUACUGAGGGUUAUUCCUGUCUGAAAUAAAGCCUUUUUUUUGUAGAUAAAAACUCAUUCUGAUUGGCUGGGCCUGGCUCUGAAGUGGGUGGGCCUAUGCCCUCCCAGGCCCACCAAUGGCUGUGCCCCUGCCUAUCAUGUGAAAUCCAUAAAUUAGUGCCUACUGAAUUCAUGUAAUUUGACUUGACUUCCUUAUAUCAACUGUGUAACUCCAUAAGAUCACUGUCCAUUCAUUUUAGAUCAUUGAACACUGCUUAGGUAGGCAUUAGGGGAACUAGACUUGGGGUCGAAAUGGAAUUGGGUCACUAUUAUAUGUCACAUGAGGGAGUGUAUGGUUUCCCAGUAUUCCCUGUCUUUAUUUUACAGCACCAAAGUGCAUGUAUCGUCUUCCUCUUCACUGUGUGUUUAUGGAUGGGGGAAAACAUGUGGGCUCUAAAUAAGGUUUACAUAAUACAUCCAUAAGCACUCUGUAAUACCUCUAGAAAACCUUUCAUAGACUUUUAUGUCCACAACAACACUGUGUCUGCUGACUGGCUUGGAUUUGUGCCAGCCAACUUGCUUACUUAAAUAAUACUUCAGAGCUGGUAAAAAUGGUUACAAUUACAUUUCAACCAAUUUUGCCCUGUUGGUUUUGUCAUAAGGCAUUUACAAAAAGUUUGAUCACACUUAAUCAUUACGCCCACAUUUGUAAAUGUUAGUAACCUAGUUAUUCACACAUUUAUAAACUUUUAUAUUUUAACUGAUGUAUUAAUGAUUCAUAAGAUAAGGUGUUUAGUAUAGGUCCUUUAUAAACCAUUUAGUAAUCAUUAGUUUGUCCCUAAUCUAAAGUGAGGGUUUAGCGUUAGUGUUACCAGCACUCAUAAUGCAUUUUAUGAGGCCUACCUCCAGAGGUGGUCAGGAAUAUCGGAUCGUCUACACCUGAAAACAUUUUGGGCACAAUUGGAAAGUGGACAAGAUCAGGACAAAGGACGCGUAUUAGUAUCAGGUGUAAACGGGGAUUCUGAUUUCUCUGUCCCAGCUGUCCGGCGUGUGUUUUUAUACUUUCCAAGGGCAGCGCUUUUUUCAAACUGUUCUUUUAUUAUGCAAUGUAACAAGGGCAAAGUAAUAAACCAUAUUUGAUGAGC